GCUCUCGGAGUGACUUCACCCAGCAAGGAGGCAGAAUCUGUCCAUUCUGUCCAGUCUAUGGUUUAUAUCUAUAGAGGUAACCACCCCAUAGAUAUAAUAAGAAAGGCGUUUAUAAAAGCGUUUCCACAAAUCACCCUUUUUUCCUUCUUCGCGCUUUGUGGUGUACUGCGCCUGCGCAGUCGUGAGCCCGGAAGUAAAUAAGCAGGAUAGAUUCUGCUACCUCGAGGGUGUCGGUAAGUAGACACAAAUGAUGGAAGACACAAGUAGUGGAGUUUAAAACCGUUUGAACCCAUCCAAUCUCUGAAUUCUCUCAAGUUUUUGUUCGAAACCAAGUCUGGACUCAGAUCUUCGGCUGGUUUCUGGUUCGGUCAUGCUGUAUAGUUGCUAUCUUUUUAGACUUGAGGUCAGAAUCCGGUCUAAAUGCUUAACCCAGGUACCAACGUCGAUUCACGCGAGAGGACGGAUAGUCUUUAAAUAUUAACAAACAUUGUUUGGUCGACUUUACAGAUAAAGUCCGGAACCAGAUCCUUUCUUUGUAUUCGACGUGACCACAAUAUAUAACGUAUUUUACAGGGUGUUUGGGUCAUACACGUGGGUGUGAGUGUCACAGAGUGUGUGCACAUGCGAGACUCUGAGCGCAGCAAAACCGACUAGCUCACGAUGAAGAGCUAGUAUGCAGCGUUUAUAGAUAAGAUAUAAUAAGAAGAACUUUAUGACUCUCCGAAGGGAAUAUUCAAUUGUCUGUUGUCUUACAUAAUAUGUCUCUAAAAGCCCCCUGGUCUUUGCUGCUUCCCCUGCUAGAUUAUUUUUUGCCUAUCAGACUUGUCUUGUUGGUUUAAAGGCUCAUUUCUGUGCACUUUACUCAUACACAAAGUAUUUUUGCUAUCCAUCUUUGUUCUUGUCUGUUGACUAUUUUCAAUGCAGAUUAAAAUGGUUUUUAAACAGUUUUGUUUUGUUUAAUUUUAGUUUUUGUUCUUUCUUACAGCAACAACAACAAACAAGUUCAGUCCUACACCUUCUCCUUCUGCCAUGAAAGCCCAUGAGGAAUCUCCCUCUCCACAGAAGAGAAAAAGAUCACACAGUCAACAGGACAACCCCAAAUCUGUUGACAUGGAAACACCUUUGAAAAAAAAGAAGAAACAUAGGCAAGAGAACGAGGAUGCCAUCCUUCUUUCUUCUCCUGCCACUGAUGGAGAUAUGAGUAUUAAGAAGAAGAAGAAGAAAAAGAAGAAGGAACCGCAGCAGGAGGAAGACCGCCAGGAUGGAGAAUCUGACCCAGUCAUGUCCACUGAAACCAUCAUUAAGAAGAAGAAGAAGAAGAAGAGAAAACAGGAGGAGGAAGAGAUGCAUGUGGUUGAAGAAGACCAAGUGACGGAAAAGAGGAAGAAGAAGAACAAAAAAAAGAAAAAACAAAGUGAAGAGGAGAGUGAUUUCAAUGAAGUGAUCAUUGCAACAAAAUCAACAGUUACAAAGAUCAACCAACAUGAUAAGGACAUCACAGAAACAAAAUCCCUGUCUGAAAAAGGAACUCAAAUGGAUAGGCAGUUUAAGAUGGAGGAAGAUGAGAGUGAAGUUGAAAUCAUGUUAAAAGAAGGACAGACUGCUGAAAAGGAAAAAACAAAACGAAGAAAAACAGAUUCAGGUGGUCGGUGAGUAUGUACUAUUUUUCAUCCAGUAAUUUCAUGAUGUUGUAGUUCCUCAGAGAUAGUAGAUCGUAGAGUCCUGUAGUUAGUCCUACUUCUAGUGCCUCAUCAAGAAGUUUAAGAAUAGAUGUCCAGUAAUCAUUUCAGUGAGAGCAAGACCAAAAUAUAUGUGUCAUGUUUGUCAGUCAAAGCCAACGGUGAUCUAUAUUGAAGAGUUUGGAUUUGAGCGCUCUGAACUGUACCAAAUUAAGGUUGGAUCAUGAUGAGGUGUUACUUGUGUGUUCCAUCUCCUCUUUGCAGCUAGUUAAGACAACUUCCCCUGAACCUGCUAUUUGGCUCUUAUCAUCCUGUUAGGAUAAUGCUGAAGGACACGUCCACCCAGAUUUCCCUCACUCAGAUCUACAGUAACGCAUUUACAGUGGCUUCUUGUCUUGACAGGUCUUACAGUUCCCUGUUGGCUGAGCUAGAGGAGUAUAUUCCCAACGUUGGGAAAAGAUUGGAACCAUGCAUCAAAGAAAUGAUAAGAUAUGACCUGCCACGCUACCGGAAAUUCAAAGAGGAAGGUAUGAAAACGGCAGACUCUAUGUUGUACUAAAAAUUGUCGUGACGAGAUCUUCAGAAAUAUAUGACUGGUAUCAUUUAUUUGAAGGCUCCAAAGCUUGGGUAUAAAACUCCUCCGAAUACUAAAGCAGAUCAAUGACAGGGAGAGGAAGGGUCAACAAGUUACUCUAAUUUGAAACACUUAACAUACCAAUACUGAAAAUACACUGUGUAAUUUUCCUGCAGGUGUGUCUGUGCGAUGGGGGAGGUUCUCUAAUGAGGAAAACCAGCAACUCAGAAAGAACCUUGAAGACUUCCUGGCUUUAAUAGGCAUCAACAUGGUUCCCAAAGUGCUUUUUCCACAUAGGUACAAAAAUGAAGAGAUGGAAAUCAGGAAGCUGAAAGCACAGCAUUGCUUCAUGGAAAAGUUGGGUUAGGAAACUUUCACUGUAAUUAUUAUCAUGGAUGACCAAGAGCCAGGAGUAUUAAUUCUACUGUCUGCUUCUUAAUGACCCUGUCUUUCUGUCUCUGAAGCUGUGGGGAUCCCGCGGCCAAGUCGGCAGAUUAUUCAGAGAGCGAAGAGGAUGUGUGACGAAGAGAACCAUAUGGGACAGUAAGUAGCCAAAGACAGCUUCAGUCUGAUUCUGUUCUCAGAGAAGGAUCCUCUGAAUCAUUACUGUGUAACUGCAAGGGUCUCUGUAUCCUAAUGGUGCUGAUGCAGACCUGCUGGAUCUCUACAGUAUUCAAUCAACACUCUAUCUUUGCCUCUCAGCAUAAGAAGUCUCUACAACUAUGCAGUACAACCACUGAAUCAUCUGUUUUCAAAAACUUCUUAUAUAUUUUCAUGGUCUGGCUGGUAUUCCCUUUGGUAAAAGUUACUGUGAGACUCUUUUACACAAUGUCUUACAUGUGGCAUUGACUUAUAGCUUGUAGACCUGCUCAGGUUUCAUUAUGAUGACAUUUGAAAUUUAACAGGAUAGAAUAAUGACUAUAAAAAAAUGAUAGAUCGAAAAGAAAAUUUGUCAAGGUCAGACAUGUCAGAGGGCUUUUUAACCGGUAACAGUUGCACCAAAUAGACAUAAAAACUUCUAAAUAACCUCUGCUGUCUUUCCGUUUGCCAGAGAGGACUGGCUUAAUUUAAACAUCCUUAUUAUGUAAAUCAGUGCAUCCCAAACAUUUACAUUGUCUGUCCUCUUUCAGAUUCUCAGAGGAGGAGCUGAAGACCCUGAUUAAGUUACAGAAACGUCAUGGAAACAACUGGAGAGCGAUCUCUGAGAAGAUGGGCCGAAGUUCGUUCGCUCUAGAGAAGCGCUUUGCCUGCCUUGGUAAGUUCAGCACUCACAACAUGUUAACCUCAGACCCUUUGGUGUCUGCGAGGUCCUGUUAAUAAAAUUUGCUGUGCUGUGAAUGAGAAUCUGAACACACGGUUGACAUAUUAAGAAUGAGACGCACUGAUUAUCAUGUUAACACUUAAUGUCGCUGGAGAACAGCUGACGAAUGUGUUUGUAUCCUGCAUGUGCCUGUCCAGCUGAAAAACACGGUUCAUGGAGUCAGAAAGAGGAGUCCAGGCUAAAGAAGGCUCUGAAGCCUCACCUGGAGGCUCUGAUGCGGCAGAAUCCUACAGGUUCUGGACUGAGCAGAAAACAGCUGUGUAACAACUUACCCUGGGUGGAGAUCAGCCACAUGGUCAAGACCAGAAACUGGAUCCAGUGUCGACUCAAGUGGUCAGUAUAUGUGCCAUGAUACAGGUUAUUCAUAGGUGUGUGGGCUCACAUACUUCAUGCCACCCCAGCAGUGUCAGCGUCCAGCUUGGUGGACCCCACCCCACCUCUCAGCUUACGUUAUUUUAGCUCAGAAACAGAUGGAUCCAGACGAUUAUGAUCUUCUCUGACAGAGUUAGUGAAGCUGCAUUAGUGAAUAAUACUCAAGAUAAGAUGAACUUGCUUGGUAGUACAGACCCCAGAAGUCUUUGUGUUCAUAAAUCCAGAUCUCCAUGUAAUUUAGUGUUAUCGUAACGGGUUCCUUUGUCAUCUGGCUACUGGAGUGUUUAGUAGUUUCAGUAUUUUGGGUAUUCAGGCAUCCAGUGGGUCAAAGUCCAGGUAUUUAGAUGUUUAGAUCAACAUGACAUCCAGGGUUCAGAUAAAUGUUGUAACAUUUUCUUUUUAUUUCAGGUUUUGCCUGCUGAAGACAAAACUAGGGUCAGGAGCUGGCAUCUUCAGCAGGAAAGUAGAAGGACGACAGGCUAAAAUCCAACUUAUUAACACGUAAGGUCACAUACACACCCGCACACACAGCCUGGGUAAAAAUAUGUAUGUAAACUUCCAAAUGAGGCAAUGAUACGUUUGUAAAAAGGGAGCUGCUGAUACUAGAUGAUUACUGCUUUAGCACUUUCUAAAGGUCCUUACACACAGGCGAAUUUGCGGAGUGAAGCGAAAAAGCAAGACAAAAAUGCGAAAAUAUUUGCCGGUCCGAAAAAUCGCUUUUUUUUUAAUUUUGCAAAGCGAAGUUCUACCCCCCAAAAUUCCGCCAGUAUUUAAGAAUGUCCCUCGGGCAAUUUAACGACCUCCUCCAGCAGCUGACCCCACGGCUGGAGAAGCAGACAACUAACCACAGAGAGCCAAUUGGUCCAGAGGAGCGGCUAGCCACAUGUCUGAGGUAAGAUUAAAAUAAUAGGCAAUAUUCUAUAUGAAUGAGACAAAGUCUCGUUUUCUUGAGAGCUCCGGGCCCCCAGCCUCGUUAUAAUGUAAAUAAGCACAUAAUAGCUCAUCUAUAGCUCACUCCUCUCCGAGAGGAGCUGGAUUGGUUUGGCUUAACGUGCUUGAUAAAUGAAUAUCAUCAACAACAUGACUUUUGAUUGGCCAGAGGUCUAUUAGUUCCAGAUAUUCGCCUGCGAAUCUCCGAAAAAUUCGACACAAGAGCGAAAAAAAAAAACGCUUUUCGCCCCACGGAAAAAAUUGCCGCCGGUGUGGGAGCUUGCAUUGACUUUAUGCUGUUUUAAAAAAAGGCAAAUAAUUCGCCUGGCGAAUUCGCGCCUGGUGUGUAAGGACCUGUACACAACUGCUUUAACACUUUUACAAAAACCAAUGAUGAUAGUUUGUAUGCAUUAUAGGUUGUUUAAUAUGGGUGUGGACGAUAUAGCGGACAUCGACUGGGAUGAGGUCGCCAACACUGUGGGGUGAGUUCGGAUGCAAUCUGGCAGACCUGAGACGAGCAUGAUUAAACAAGAUAUUUAAGAGUGUCAACAUCUAUCAAGACAUUAAAGAAAUAAUUUACUUGUAUUCUUGCUCAGUAUUUUUCCUUUGGGCGAGGUUCAGUCCCUGUUACAUGCAUGGACCUCUGCAGAGUCAAGCAUGGAUAGAAAGGGAGUUUUUCAUUUGUUUUAGGUGUGUGAGUUUAGUUGAACUCUUGGCGGAUGAGGACCAUGAAUAUCAGUGUAUAAUUAGUUCAUUCCAUAUCCAUUUUAGAAUCCAAAAUCAGAAAACGGAUAACGACUUAUUUCAUUUCUCGUUUUCAAAUCAAAAAUCGGAAAACAAAUAACGGCCUAUUUUUCGCUGUUUUGAUUUUGUUUUGAAAUUGAAAAUAGAAUAUGAGAGAAUGGAAUUAUCAUGGGAUUUUUGUUCUAUUCGUUUUUGGUUUGUAUCAUUUUCAAUGUGUUGUGACCCGGGAGUUGUUGACUGUCGUUAUCCGUUUUCCGAUUUGGGAUUCUAAAAGGGAUAUGGAAUAAACGAAUGAUGCACUGAUACAUGAAGGAUCUUGGAGGUGAAAUGAGAUAGUAAUGCUGCAGAACACCAGAAGUGCCGCUCAAAAAUUAAGAAUGUCCAGAAAUACUUCCUUUCCUUCCCAUCAUUUAAUUGAAAAAGUAAAACUGUCACAUAUUGUAGAAUUAUCUUACAAGUGAACUAUUUGAAGACCUCUUGCUGCAAGACACCUUUAUUACCUCCGCCAAGGAGGUUAUGUUUUUGGUAGCGUUGGUUUGUUUGUUUGUCUGUUAGCAACUUUACGAAGAAAGUUAAAGACGGAUUGACCUGAAAUUUUCACCUGAGGUGCGUCUUAGCCCCAGGAGGAUCCCAUUAAAUUUUGGUGGUGAUCCGGAUCACCUUCUGGAUCCAGGAAUUUUUUUAAGGAUUCUUUAUCAUUGUGAGAUUGGGCAAAUUUUGGAAUUUUUGCAUUUAACUCUAUAAAAAUGUCCAGAGUCUUUAGUAAAAAAUUACACAAAAGGAUCUCAAUGAGUUUUAUGAGGUGUCAAAGGUUGAUCCUGAUCCAGACAAAAUUCUGGAUACUGUGAUCCAGAACACACAAAAAUAAGGGUGUUGUUGGAAUUUUCAAUGCUGAAAGAUAACCAAUGGGCGGCACAGUGGUGUAGAUGGGCGGCACAGUGGUGUAGAUGGGUGGCACUGUCGCCUCACAGCAAGAAGGUCCUGGGUUCGAACCCGGGUCAGGGCAUUUCUUUUUUUAGGAACAUUAUGAACAGUGAACAUACCAGUUUAAACACAAAUAAAAGUUCAUAAAAGACACGUAACAGUAGAAGUUUUGGUGUGAAUCACAAUAUAAGGGGGGACAUGAGCUGCUUGGCGGAGGUCUGCGCUCUCUGAGUGCUUUUCUAGUUUUAUGUGCAAUGAUAGUAUCAGUUAUAUUUUUACCUCACUUCUGCUCUGUGUUGUUUUGUGUUUCAGUAAGGUGACUCCUAUUUGUGUCCAGAAGACUUACCGUCGUCUAAAAGUUUCCAAAGUUCCCAACUGGAACAGUCUAUCCUUUGGAGGUCAGUACUGGAGUACUUGAUGGCGUCCCUUAUGUCAUUGGGCUGAAAAUUAAAUCUUUUUAUCUCUAAAAUAAACUAUACUUAAAUAUUCGUAUGGAGCCUAUAUCUUUAGAAAAUUUGCAGAGCUGAAACGUGACUCAAACUCAAGUAAAUACAUUUGUAAAAAUGUGACACAUUUAAAGGGGUUUACAGAAAAAGUCAGAAAUAUCCUGCCUUUUGAUCUUAUGUUUAACACCUGCCUGUUUAUCUAAAUUUGACACCUGAUCCAGUUGUGAUAUUAACUUAAUACUUGUAUUGAUUUUAAUAUGAGAUAUUCUGUGUUCAUACAUCAACUUAACGCCUGGAAACUUGCCCAGACCUUUUCUUUCCACUGAAGUAUAGAUGCAGCAGGUAAAAGUCAAGACAAUUCACAGAGAGAGUGCAGAAGUACAUGAUGAUGUGAAUCUUAUGUGGAGAGUGAUUAACCAGUGUGAUCUCUGCACACGUAAUGAAGCUGCUUUAAACUUUCUGUCUGACCUCACAAUGACAUGUUGCUUUGAUUUAAAGACAAAGUAUCAAACUCUGCCUUUCCCACAAUUUUGAAUAUCUUUUAAAUAGUACAACAGGGCUUCAGAAGUGCACUUUUUUAGGGCAUGCCCAAAAACUUCAUGUCUAGCCGUCUUAGACGCCCCCUUCCUCCAUAGCAGAGAAAUUGUUUCACAUGAACACCAACUUUGCAAAUUUUGGGGAGCAGGUUGUCUUGAAAUUAUCUGGAAAUUUUCAGAAGUACAUGUGAGGCAAUGGCUUUAGGGAACAUUUUAUUGUACCAGCAGGAAAAUUAGACCUUACAGCACUCUGAUACAGCUGGAUAUCUCAGCAGUACGUUCAUAAAUCAGCAGCAUGUGUCCCGCUUGAUCAGAUUUUAUGCAUGAAAAUUGUAGAGAACAAGUGCAGCUACACACGUGCAUGUUACAGCGCAGGUACUUAGGGCUUAAUGGAAAGGGGGGACUGUAAUGUUGUAAUAUGUCCCUGUGCUGUUAUUCCUUAUACUUGAUCAACUUAAAGACCCAAACUAAAUCUAUCAAACGAGCCUCAUCCUCGCGUUAACCUCACUCUCUUCCUGUUUGCUCAGAGAUCAUUGACUUCCUGCAUUCGGUUGUCGUCCCCACUCUGAAGAAGGAACUUGAUGAGACAUUAGUAAGAGAAGAGGAGGAGGAGGAGGAGGAGGAGGAGCAGGAGCAGGAGCAGGAAGAGGAGGGGGUGGAGGAGGAGGAGGAGGAGGAGCAGCAGCAUCAGGAGAUUUACCAGCUGUCAGACAUCUUCAACUCAGAGGACGAGUUUGAGGUGGACAACACAGUGAACUCAAGAGGGCGAAAAAAGUACAGAUAAGUGGAGACAUGGACUGAGGAGAAAUUAAGAGAUGGCCCCGUCCCCGUUUUGAUUGGCCGACAGACUUUAUUUUCAGACGUGGAACCAAACUGGAAUAAGCUUUGAUUUUGGACAGCUCGAGCAACAGAUUAUGCAAAAAAACUUGCCAAUGAUACCACAUUUUUAUGGUAAUCUGCCUUAUUGUCUUUCAUCAGGCAAACAGUAAAACCUUUAGGAUCAGUGAUUUUAUCCAUCUAAACACUGCCAAGUGCUUAUUAGUUUAUUAAAUUUUAGUCUUCAGCUUUACUUUGACUUUAAACUGAUGAAAACAGGAUCAGAUUUUGACUUUCAGUUCAGUGUGAAGAAAAACAUCAAUUUAUCAGAAAAAUUUUGGUAUAAAUUGUGAAGAAUAUUAUCAAAUUGUUGUUCAUUCACCUCAAUGUACAAAAUGUGUUUGGUUUUUUUAUAUCUACACAAAGAUGUAUUGAUAGAUGUUUCUGAUGGUGAAACUGAACAAAUGAGUUAAGAAUUUUUUAAAUAAAACAGUACUUUCAUCUACAGUCAUGAGUAGAAACAAGUACCCUUAGUCUCUUCAUGACAACUUUCAUAUAGGUCUUGGUUUCCUUGAUGUUUGAUUUGGACCAUCAAAAGGAUUCAAACAUAGGGAGCCCUUAAUCUGUGUCAAACCUUGAGCGUUAUAGAGGACAAACUUUUGAAAUAUGCAGGAAUGAGCAAGCUGCUCUGGUUCUUUGAUUUCUGUGCCAAAGUUUAUAAGUAAAGCAGCGUUUUGUGCAGAUAUGGGGUAUAGAUAAUUUGAUUAAAGCUCCUAUAAGUAGUUUUUUGUGUUCAUGAAAUGGGCUGAAAUUCGAACUGAUGCAUUUUCAUGAUAUUCAGAAGUAAACAGGACCAUCAGGGACAAGAUUAUAUUGUCAUUUUUAAUGCCUUAAACUGAUGUGAUUCAGUUAAUCUGAAAAAGUCGAACAUAUUUCAUAUCUGACUGUUGACACUAGAGCGAAAACAGCAGUCUCCAUCUCAGGCUGAUUUUGAGAAUGGAAAACUGAUAACAGUAGGCAUAGAUGUAAGAGCAGCCUAAGGAGCUGCUGGAUCCCAAAUUUCUUUUGUAGAGAAAAGUACAACAACAUCCUGCUCUGCAGUCCGUGCCCUGGCAGCAGAGCUGGUGGGAGCAUCUCAAGGUUUCUGACUGCAACCUGUAACUUUAAACCUUUGAGAAAGUGAUCAUAUUAGGGGCUGUUGGGAUUCUCAUUUGCAUAACCCCCUGCUCACAAUAUAUUAGUCUUUGUAUAAUACUUAAACACAUUUACAUAUUAUACUGUUGACUGACUUUUAAUAACUUGUUGGUUUAUUCUGCACUGAAAUGGUUUUAGGUUUCCACAAUGGCACCUGCUAUCACACAGGCUUCUCAUACAAUCACAGCACAGGAUUGUGGGAAAUGUAGUCCAUCCUGCAGUACCAUUUGACAGUAUUCUAUUAACAUAACUUUUAAGUUAAAUAGCAUUAACACACUAUGAUUUCAAAUUUAGUCAUGACUAGUGGGAUGACACAGUUCAUUCUGCUGUGCAUUGUGGGUAAUGUAGUUCAUCUGCUAGCAAUCGCCUGUAAAGUGCUGGUCCUCUUCAUAAUGUUUGGGACAAACAGAAGUCCUGAUGCUCUCUCGAUAGUUUCAAUAGGAACCAGAAAGCGCUCCAGCGGAAUUGCCUCAUCCACAGGUUCAUUUGGAAAAACGUAAGACCGAAGCUCCACGCCCCUGCCGUUAGCCUGCUCCAGGAUCAGUAUCU